UUAAACUGUGUUUACUUUAUUUUUUAGAAGGUAUAAAAGAAAGAAGAGUUGCUGUGAUACAUAGUUCGUAUCUAAAACUAAACCCAAAAUGAAAUAUUUUCUUGUGAUCGUGGUUCUAGCUUCAGUGCUAGCUGUGACCCUGUCAGCUACAAUUGAGAACUGCAAAUGUUGGGAAGGUUUUGAAGCUGAAAAAGAAGGCGACGACGUACACUGCAGAGGUACUAAAAACCACAGAAUCUUCCCAUGCGACACUAAAAAACCACCGACAUGUACCUGCGUAGAUGAAGCCACCAAAAAAGAUGUCGUGUUAGAUUUGGGUGAAACAGCCUGCACAGGAUUGGCUGGAAAGUAUGUCAGUUUGUCCUGCAAACCUGAAGCUGAGUGGGAUGCUUGGUUGAAGGAAUAUCCUCAGUAUAGAUUGCAGAUCAAUUAAAAAUUUAUUCAGAUUACUUUGCUAUAAGUUAUAAUAAAUAAAGGAUUUGUUAGAUGAA